AUGCUUGCUGCUCUCCCUCAAUGUUCUAUCAAUGAACCUGUUCCUAUUAUUCACAAAUAUUAUCAGUCGGGAGACCUCAUCAUUGCUGGCAUUAUUUCCCAGAUCUACAUAUCUUCAAGCACCAUAUCCUUUGAACAACAUCCGGCUCUGGAACUUUCCAAUGACCACAUGGUCCUGACUCAGAACUACCAGCACAUCCUGGCCUUGGCAUUUGCUGUGAAGGAGAUCAAUGCCAACCCCCAAAUCUUGUGCAAUGUCACUCUUGGAUUCCACAUCUAUAACAGUCAUUUCAGUGCCAGCUGGACCUAUCAAGCCUCCAUAGAACUUCUCUCUAGACGGGCCAAGUUCAUCCCUAACUACAAGUGUGAUGUUGAGAAUACUCCAGUAGCAGUCAUCGGGGGACCAAACUCUAAUGUCUGUUUUCACAUGGCAACUAUCCUGAGCAUGUACAAGAUGCCACAACUCAUAUAUGGCUCUUCUCCAGUCAUGAAUAAUGAAACUCAGGCUGUCUUCUUCCACCGGAUGUUCCCAAAUGGAGCCUUUCAGUACAAGGGAAUUCUCCACUUACUUCUGCAUUUCUCAUGGACGUGGAUUGGAGUUGUUUCCCAGGAUGACGACAACACAGAGAGCUUUAUAGAGAACAUACUUCCUCUGCUUUCCCAGGGUGGCAUCUGCUUCGACUUCAUAGAAAAAUUCCCCAAACUAACUUCUUCCAGUGGCUUUGGAGACAUGCUCCACCGUAUUCUCAGAAGUAUUUCAUUUAACAACAGUGUGGGGGAAAUGGUGUCCUUUGAUCAAAAUGGGGAAUUGGCUGCUGGCUUUGACAUUAUAAACUGGGUCACACUCCCAAACCAGACCUUCUUCAGGGUUAAAGUUGGAAAGAUAGACCCUCCGACUCUCCAAGAUAAGAAAGAUGCAGUGACCUCCCUGGACAACGUCUUCACCAUUCACGAGGAUCUCAUCAUCUGGCCCAAACAAUUUAACCAGUCACAGCCCCUUUCCAUGUGUAAUGACCACUGCCAUCCAGGUUAUAGUAGGACCAAGAAAGAAGGAAAGCCAUUUUGCUGCUAUGAUUGCUUUCCAUGUCCAGAAGGGAAAAUCUCAAACUGGAAAGAUAUGGAUGAUUGCUUUCAAUGUCCAGGAGAUCAAUAUCCAAACAUUGGUCAGGAUACAUGCCUUCCAAAAACCAUCAGCUAUCUUUCUCACAAAGAGCCUCUGGGGAUCAGCUUGGACGCUGUUGCUCUCUCCUUUUCUUGCAUCACAGCUCUUGUGCUUGGAAUCUUUAUGAAGAACAAGGACACACCCAUAGUCAGAGCCAACAACAGGAGCCUCACCUACACUCUCCUCCUCGCCCUCCUGCUCUGCUUCCUUUCUGCUUUGCUGUUCAUUGGACAACCGGAGGUUGUGACCUGCCUCCUUCGACAAAUACUUUUUAGCAUAAUCUUCUCUGUGGCAGUUUCUUGCUUAUUGGCCAAAACCACCAUUGUGGUGCUAGCUUUCAUGGCCACGAAGCCAGGGUCCAGGAUAAGGAAAUGGGUGGGGAAACAAUUAGCCAUCUCCAUAGUCCUGUCCUGCUCCCUGAUUCAAGCCACAAUCUGUAGUGUGUGGCUGGCAACCACUCCCCCAUUCCCAGACUUUGACAAACACUCAAUGCCAAAAGAAAUUGUGCUUGAAUGCAAUGAAGGGUCGACUGUCAUGCUUUACUGUGUGUUGGGCUUCCUGUGUCUCCUGGCCAUUGUCAGCUUCACGGUGGCCUUCUUAGCUAGAAAGUUGCCCGACAGUUUCAAUGAAGCCAAGUUCAUCACCUUCAGCAUGUUGAUCUUUUGCACGGUAUGGCUGUCCUUUGUUCCCACGUAUCUGAGUACCAAGGGGAAGUACAUGGUGGCCGUGGAGAUCUUCUCCAUCUUGGCCUCCAGUUUUGGAUUACUGAGCUGCAUCUUUUCCCCAAAAUGCUAUGUCAUUUUACUGAGACCUGAUCUGAAUAGCAAAGAUCAGCUCAACAUAAGAAAGAAUUAA